AUGAACAAAGUAAGACCCAACGAAGUAAGAACUAACGAAGCAAAACCUGAUGAAGUUAGACCGACAAAUAAAGCCCGAAGAAGACCCAGUGAAGUAAGACACGCGCAAGAAGUGUUAAUUUCAUUUAAAGAAAAAAAAAAAUUUAAAUUAUACAAAAAAACACCUACCACAUUCCCAAUCCCAGAUUCUGAAACCAACGGAGAAAAGAAGAAGGAAGUCCCAACGAAGCCAAACCCGAAAAAGCAAGAUCCAAUUAAGUAA